AUGUCCGGACUAAUUGCUCAGACUGUCACUUCUGUGCUGGAACGCAUUCAAGCACCUUGGUCCAAACUGGAUCGUCAGAUGGGCUCUGUUCGGUCGUGGCUAGAUGCGAUUGAAUUCAAAGCCGAUCGUGUUCCGGCAACCGGCCCAUCAAGCGAAUCAGUCCGGGUAGAUGAUAAAGAAAAUCAGGAGACUGCCGUUGUACUCGACCGAUAUACAAUUCAAACACAUUUGUUCCUUCUCACGGAGCUCAAUGAUGAUCUAACACAAGGGUCCUCGCGCCUGGAUAGUUGUGAUCAACUCCUAGCUGAGCUUCAAUCGCUGCUUGAACUGUUGCCACCAGUCACCGCACUAUUUGUUGAACUGAAUCCAGAAUCCGAUUGUACAAAACCGGAUCAGGAAGCUCACGAUCGGUUCGAACAGUUACAAUGCGAACAGACUGCGUUGCAUCAUCGUCAGAUCGCACUCGACGCGCGUCAGAAAACCGCGCUGGAGACACUCCAAUCCGAACUGGAUCGCAUCCUGAUCGAAGAGAACAGACGCGAGGUGUGGGCUGAACGUAUCCGACAAUUAGAACACGCUCUGACAUGCGGUCCACCAACGGAGCUCGAAUGGAAUGGGACAGAGGCAGAACUGAUUCAGCGGUACAGCAUUGGAACAACCACAGAGCAUGCACAACUCCCAGCGCACGAGGAGUUUGGCAACACCGUAGAUCAAAUGAUUUCCGCUCAAACCAAAUUGAACAGUUCAUAUGAGGAAUUCCUCAAGGAACGCACCGAGGAGCUGGAAGCACUACGAACCGAAGCAGGCACUGAUGCUACACCGGGCAGUGAUCAAUUUCCCUCCUCGGACCUGGACAGUCUGCAACAUGUUGAUGGUCUAUUGAAAAAGCUGCAGGAUUGGUGUGCCUGGAAUGCGAAAAGUCUGCAUGUCCUACAAUCGGUCCACGACGCCUGGGAGCACUGGCAACGAUGGUGGUCGGAUAGUGGCGCAGUGAAACUCCUUACACACGGUGGUCCAUGUGGCCUCGUCCAAUACGAGUUACAAUCAUUCGAUCACACGAGUGAUCUAUCCGCCACUCUCAUCCCCAAACUGACCGAGUUACAGACCGACUUGAAUCGUUUGGCACAACAGGCUCAAUCAAACGGUCAGGCUGCCUUGGACAGAUUGACCAGGAUGAGCACCGAGUUGCAAACAGUACUAGAUGAACAACAUCGGUGGUCAGGCCCUGAAUGGGGCACUGCAACGGGGAACAAACUGGCUCACACACCACUCAGUAUAGGACUGCUUGCUUGUCAGCUACUGGUUCGUGAAGCGCAUUCCCAAUGGUCUUUCGGGUUCGACGAUCUUGGAUUGGCUCAGCAACGGGUACACGCUCGACUCACUUCACUCAACGCCUUUCUGUCUGAUCGUGAGAAUUUGCACACCCGUCUGACGCAUAUCGAGGAACAGCUCAACCAAAUAGAGCCUCGUCUUGUACUACCUCAGGAAAUCUCCCAAACCCCAGUGGACUGGAACCAGGCGACCGAUUCGACUUGGCCCGAACGUGAAAUGCCACACUGGCCUUGUCCGGUCGAAUCGGUGAUUUCGGCCUCUUUGGAUGGGCAGAUCAAAUUGUCCGCGGCGGCCAGGCAGUUGAAAAAAGAUGCUCAGUCGGUAGGUGAGCGAUUGUUUUGUUUGCAACGGACGGUACAUUCUCUCGGUCUGGACGAAGCCCCGGUCUCAGACGCGACCCUGCCUGCACAUUCCAACAUUUUGGCUUCCCUCACCAGUCAACACGCGGCCUUGGUCAAACGCACAGACCACGUUGUCCAGCGUCUCGAACAGGCUGUUCGCUCGCAUCAUCAACUGGCCGAAUCGUGGCAUGUAAUGACCGAAUGGAUUGGACAACUGCAGCAAAGUCUGGCACAUUACACCAGUCUCUCUGGAGAUCGACAUAUGCUUCAAGCAAGGCUGGAAUUGAUCAAAGACUUGCAUUCCAUCGCAUCAGAAGGAAAUGUGAAAUGGACCGAAAUCAAACGGUGUGUGGAAUAUAAUCUACAACACGGCCUAAUCCCCGUGCAGGAAGAAUUGACGAAACUCUCUGAGAUUGCCGAAUCGUUCAAUUUGGCUCAAGUUCGUGCGGCUAUUCUAUUUCACAGUUUCGAAAUUCAUGCCCGUUGGAUGGAUGCGCAAAAUCAAAUACAAACUGUUAUGGACCAAUUGGGAACCGGGAUUGAGACUUGGCAAUUAUUUGAAUACACUCGUGAUCGAUGUGUGGCCUCGAUGAAUCGUUUAGAAAGUUGGCUAAAAUCACAAACGAACAGUGUGAUUCAUUCGAAGGAGGAUAUUGUGGAUCGAUUGGAAGUGUUCAAAUCAGUCACCGGCUGCCUUGCUCUGAUUCCAGAAAAUUCUCAGGAUUCAAUCGCUCAGGUAGAAAUCACUCAGGUUGACGAUCAUGAUGAUGAUGAUGACGAUGUUGAUGAUCAGACUAUGUCGCCCAAUCAGCUGGCAACCGAAACGCGCCAAUUAGCCAACCAACUUCAUUUGACCUUGAGAAAAUUGCCCAAAGUGGCGGACGAAGUCCCUUCCGGUCUUGGUGAUCUUGAUGAGGCAAGCCAGGUUCAAAUGAUGGAUGCCUUUACACUUUCCACUGUACGCGUGAAUGAGAUCUAUGCACGCAUCGCCCGGCUACAAAAAACGCUCGCUGAGCUAUCGACAGUUUGGCAAAAUCGACUCAGUGAAUUAACCAAUUGGGAUGACUCAGUACAUAUGGCCGAAGACAAUCUACUAUUAAUCGCUCAUCGAGUGGAACAGAUUCGAACACAAAUUACCGCCCAUCUGACAGACCUUGAUACAGAUAUGGCUGAGACCACUCUGGAAGAUGCGUUGAUUCAGUUGGAUGAUCUGAACUCGGAACUCGCUCGUCUGAGUACCGAGUUGUCCGAAGCGCAGAACAAACUGCAUACACUCAUUCCUUGCCUGACCGAACGCGGUCGUCGAGCCAUGACCGAACGCUUGGACCAAUUGCAACAGGACUGGACACGCCAGUCUCAUUCAAUCGAACAGUGCCGAACGGAAUUAGUUCAACGACAAACCACAUGGUCCACUCUGUCCGGCCAAUUAGAGAUGCUAAUCGAGUGGAUUACCAAGCAGACAACCAAUUUAUCUCAACUCCAGCAUUCGAUUCCGUUGCAGCCUCAAUCGGAUUCCGUGUUGCUCACGGACGGGGCCACUAAAUCCUCGCCUGGUCUAAGUCUGGCUAUGCAAUGCAAUGCCCGUGCGGUAGAAUCCCAGGCGUUCUGUGAACAGGCACGUCAGUUCGUUCGGACAGUGAAUGCCAAAUAUCCCAAAGUCGAACAACUGACUCGUGCUAUUCAAGCCCUGAACGAAACGGUGCUGGUCUCCAACCUGGAUGCGGCUAUAGCCACAUCACUAGAUCAGACCACGGAACAGUUUCAUCAACUUCAACAACAAGCACUGGCUCUGUUUGCGGAAUCACGUGGUCUGAGUGAUCUGUGCUCGGAAUUCGCCCGUAUUUACGGUGAAGUUUGGAAAGAGCUAGCCCAAUUACAGAACCAAUUUGCUCAUGGUGCCAUGUUUACCGUGGACUCAGAUGCAGAUCGUGGCAGCACACAACCGGAGCACUCGUGUGUGCUGGACAGCACUGCUCUUGAACAAUGGUCCAGACAAUUGGGGACCAAGGCCCAAUUGGAAGAACUGAUUGCACACGGCUCGUUCAAACAACCGAUCCAAUCGGCCGCCGAAAGUCAGCGCACAAUAGCUGAACGUGUUGACGGGUUGAGAAUUACGGCCACCAAACUGGAUACAUUCAAAUUUGAAUCUGUGCAGCUUCCGUAUUUGGCAGAGCCGAGGACAGAUGCCACUCGAGCUGUACAGUUCCUGUUGAUACAACUUUCACAGUUGGCCAAAACCUGUCAAACUCGUUUGGAUCGUUUACGUGUGGAACAAAACACUGUGAACGAAGUCGAUCAGUUGUUUGAACGUGUUGAUAGUGAGUUGGAUCGAUUCGAAGGAGAACUGUCUGAGAUUCAAAGUGUAGACCGUCCCACAGACGAACCCAGUGUGACUGACGCGUGUGUGCAUUGGAAUUUGAUCGAUUCGUGGAUGAAUUUUUGCCAAUCACGUGAAUCACGUUUAAGAGAUGCGAGUCCCCAAUUGGUUGCAUUGAAACCGACACUGGAUAAACUGCAGUUGAUAAUUGGUCAACUUCUGGAAGGCACAAAUCGUGUGUAUUUCCAUUUGAAUCAACAUCUCGUCCGUGUCAAGUCCAAAUAUGAAAAUCUCACUGUUCGUUCACGCCGCCUACAAACACAGCUUGGUGAAGAGUAUAAGGCAUGGGAUCAUUUCGUCACUUGUUUUCGUGAGGCGGAAGAUUGGAUCACAUUAGACGAAUCGGCUGUGGAUCGGAUUUGGUCGGAUGACGCUCCCCAAUUGGAUGGUACGCCAGCAAAUGAGGAUGGCAAAUGCAAACCUAUGAAUGAUAAUUAUGAAGAGAUUGUUCAAUGUUUGGAUAGAUUGGAGCAGAUAGAGAACAAUUUGUGUGAAAAAGGUCGUGUGGCUCGGGAUGCUGUGGAACAGUCUGUUCAAAAUUUGAUGCUCAGUCGAGUUAUACAACCCGGUGCAAAGAGUUUCGACUCUGGUCGUUCAUCGUCAUUUGAUGUUCGCCCGUUAACAUUGGCUUUGGAACAUUUUUACGCCCGUUGGGAUCGACAUACUACUCGACUGCAACAUAUACGAGCUGAACUAGGGCAACAGUUGCUCUCACAAAGUCAACUAGAUACUACAUUUGAUCGGGCUCAGCGUUGGUUCCAAGGUUUGGUUCUCCAACUGGAUGCCACGGAACAGGACACCGGGACGAGUUUUUCCAAUCUGAUCGGAUCAAUUUUGAUGCCUUUGGGUGAUCUGGAUCAAAUACUGGCCUAUCUGUCCGGUUGGAUUUCUCCCAAAUCACACACAUGGGAUACGCUGCACGCGGAAGUGGAGCAUUUCCUUCAAAUUGAAAUGCCACAACUGGAGCAAGUGAUUCAACAACAUGCAAAAGCGGAACACCUAGCUCGAACACGUCUGAACAGAACUAGUGCCAGUGUGGAUGUCACCGAUGGAUCCGCUUCCGGACCGGAACGUUUAAUGACAUUCACAAAACAAGUACGCGAUUUUGAACAGUGUUUAGAACGAAAACGUGUAUCAUGGAACCGUUUGGUCACACAGUGUGAGAAAUUUGCUCAAACUCGGGCCGAAUUGAUCACGUGGUUGAACUCGGAACAGCAAAAGGUUCAGGCACUUGUCGCCAGUAUGGAACGUUGCACUCGACCCACCGUAAUGGAUCUUCGCAAGGGUCACCGGCUUUCCGGUUGCACGGAACAGAUGCAACUUAAAUUGGCCCAAAUAGAACGUCUGACGGAAACAAUGCGCAAACAAAGUGAUAGGAAAUUGAACGAGUUGCAAACGAUUGUGACAACACUCUUCCAGUCAGCCGUUCAUCCAUCUGGAACAACAAUUGAUCUGUUGGAGAAGUUCUCAUCAGACCAGUUGACAGACACGGCUCGAAAACAGGUUCACCAUUCUCUAGACUGUAUGACUGAUUUGAUCUCACAGACACAAGCGUGGAUCACUCGAUGGUCUGAGCUGGCUGUCACCGUGGAUGAGUUAUCCCAAUGGCUGACCGAGCGAGAGAAUAGUCUGGCCGAGUCGAUCGCGGCUGAAAUCCGAUCGGAAGUUUAUGCCAGCACGGUACAUUUGACCGGACUGGACGAUGUGCGACGUUUGGUCGAACGUGUGCACGACCAAGUUCGAUUUGGGCAAGAAUUUCGUGUAGAACUGGUUUCAAAACAGGCCAGUGUGGAAGCGUUGCUGGUGAGUGCUCGAAAUCUUGUGACCAGUGGUUCAUUUCCCCCAAAACAGGCUGCUGCAAUGGAGCAACAGGAGACUCGAGCUCCAUUGGUUACCAGUCUAGCUGUGACUCAAGCGACACAACUUAUGCAACGUUAUCAAACCCUGCUCAGCCUGAUUGACCGUCGCACUCAACUCAAUUACACAGCUAGUCGAACGGUUGAACAACUGCUAGCCGCCUGUGAAACAUACAAAACAUGGGCUGAGGAGCUUGACACACAACUGAAACUAACUACUAGACAGUUAAAUCCGCAAACUGCCAGUGCUGACGCAGAUGUGACUAAUGAUUCCGAUGAAACCGGAGAUGGAAUUGCCACAUCUGUACCGGCUCUCGAUCUAGAUACGAUACGAAAAAGUGCGAGUACACUUUCAAACCGUUUAGAAUCCGGGGCCAGCCUGGUUCAGCUGUGUCGCGAUUGGACUGAUCGCUUCGUGGCCGAGCUCGCUUUGCAACGCGGACAACGUCGUGCGGAACAAGAAACGCUGCAACACUUUCGUGGCGUGACAUCUCCAACCGUGACGGCGGUUUCAACAACUAGUCAACCGAAAGUUCGUUUGUUUGUGAUCAGUGAUUAUGAGACUUGGUCUAACGCUGUCCGAUCAGUGCAAGAACGCACAGACAAAUUGCACAAGAAAGCAAGCAGUCACAAUCUGGCCCAUAUGCAAUUGUUAUCCUGGUUGUCUAGUGCGUCCAGUCAAAUCGAUGCAAUCGUUCAACAUGCCAGCCCGACCAGUAUCGCUGUGACUAUUGCGCAACAGUUUACCGAAUUCGAAAAAUCCAUGGAAUUAAUCGAGCAACAAACCACAGAAGCGGUGGACAAGUUGACACAAAUGGCAUCCGAUUGUAUGAUUCGUGAGCAUCAAAUCAAUCGGCUGGAAGAUGUGGGUGGUCCAGGUGGUCGAGUGGAUAUAGCAAACAUCAAAGAUCGUUUCAUGCAAAUGGUCAAUCACUUGCAUGAGUCACGAACUGAGUUGUGCGCCCGGAUUCAUAAAGUACAUGCUUUUCAAUCUGCCUCCAUGGCAUUUUCUGCAUGGCUGGUUGAGAUAGAAAGUCGUGUGGACAGUUUAGUCAGUGAGGAUGGGCUGUUAGUCAGUUCGAAUGUGCACUCAAGAACACGAGCCAUGAACGCUUCCACUGAUCUGACAUUGGAUAGCCCCGGUCGAACUACCUACCGCGUGACUCAUAUUGCCGAUGCCGAACGUCGAUUGGUGAUUUUCCAGAAUUUGGGCGAAGCAUUACACGGUCGUGGACGUUUGCUGGCCAAACGUACCUCAGAUUCCGGUGAGCAGUUGAUUGCAAAUUUGCGUCUAGCGGAAGAAAAUGUGGAACUUGAUCAGUCAGUAUCCACCAUGGACUCGUGCCUUCAGCUCAGUGUGUUGAUUCAAGAUCACGUGGAGGAACUGCAGAGCCGUAUGGCGCGACUGGAACAAACGCAGGCCGAAGAAAUCAAUGGGCUGACGGAAUUGUUGAGUGUUUGGAAUGAGUGUUUGGAUCAUAUCGAUCAGCUGACUGUGUGGGUACAAGAAACACAAACCACCGUACGUCAACUGUUGCAAAGACAGAGCGGGAACACAAAGACAAGAAAACAGGCAGCUGUUGAUUUUGAGAAUGUGAUGGAUCAACUGCGCGAAUCGGCUGAACUCCACGUUCAGUAUGACCAAACAGUGGGACAGACUAAUGAAUGGUUGACUCGUAUCGCUGAUCGACUGAAUGCAUGCCUUUGUCCAAAUGAGGCAAUCAGUCAGGCCGAAAUGGAGCGUCGAAUUGCAGCCGGUCGGGUCCUCACCGAGGUCCUCACUCGUGAAACCAAAGCGUACCUGGAUCCGCUUGUGACUCUAUCCGAUCGAAUCGUUCAGUCCGCGGACAAUGUGAGCACUACUUUGGUAUAUGAUAAACUGGACGGAUUCAGACAAACGAUCCGGGAACUGCAACAACAAUUGGUCAAUGCGGGAAACACACUGGAGAUGCGAUUGAACCGGUGCACCAAAUGGACCAAUGCCAAAACGGACGUCAACGUUGUGUUGGAAGGUUUGGCUCAGGAGAUUGUGCAGGUGAUCAGUUCCGAGGCCAGUGUGGUCGCGGAUGAGAACGGGGCACCGUUGAGCUCAGCCCGAUUGAUGGCUACGAAGCAAGCGUAUAUUGAUUCGUUAAAGACUGUUCGACAUCGCCUGGAAGAUGUCAGUCCAAAAUUGGAACAGAUGAAGCGUGCGGCCAAGGAUCUGGUUCAGUCACAGGCACAACAAACAGCGAUGAAAGAGGUGGAUGAACUGGCCUCACGCCAUGCAAAAAUGUUGCAAGAAGUUGAAAUCCGAAUCGGAAAGAAUGAGCAUGUGUGGCACAAGUUAUACAACUUCCACACCAAGCUUAGCGAGGCCGAGGGCUGGAUCCUUUCCCUGUCGCUCAAACUGAUGGCAAUUCACAUUACCGAACCGGAUGGACCACAGGGAGUGAUUCGCCUAGGCCGUGCCCAUGCGGCUUUGCGUCAACAGUUUGAGACAUUUCGCGCGAUCACAGUGACCGAACUAAAAGAAAUGGCACAGGCCUGUUACACGGAACUACGUUCGAGCGCGGAAUUCGACCAAGCAGCUCAGAUGGGACGAGAUGUGAUCGGAACCAAUACGGCCGAACAGGUGGCCAAUUUUGUUCGGGAUGCACAGACCGGUUCGAACAGCACGACCAACCAGCCCGCCCAGUUAACUCAUUCGAACCCGUUGCUUGGUGAGGUUGUGCAGCUUGAGGCGAAUUGUGAUAGUGUGAACGAGACGUCCGAACAAAUUAAGAUGCGGUUGCUAGAUCAACAGGAACGUUGGGCUCAUUUUGUUGCGGUGCUCGGUCGUGUGUCUGAUCAUUUGCGCGAGGAAUUGACCGCCUGGUGGCGCAAUCGUCCGCAACGCGUGUGGAGUACAAAACACUCGCGCACACGAUCCAGGCGUUCAAAACGUCUGAGUUACACGAGCUCGGAUGAGUCUGGAUGCGAGUCUUUGCACAGCUCGGUCCAACAGAAACCGGUGCCUGGUCUGUCGCAUCCACGAGAAAUUGCCACCCAGACUGCCGAGGCCGAAGCUGCCAAUGCACGAAUCAUGCUAAAACAAUAUGUGAGAGAUUUGAACGAGCUGAAAAUCCGCUGGGAUCAGCAGCAUAUUUGCGAGGCAGAGUUUGAUGCGUGGUUGACUUCAAAAGAAGCAGACGUACGAGAUGCAAUCAGCCAGCGAUCGCAUCGUAGGCGACAUCAUUCGAGCUCACAACGCACUUCCGACGAACGUGCCUCGGGAACGUAUGAGCGGUUGAUUCAUGCCAUGGACACGGCUCAUUUGGAAACUAUUCAGAAUGAAUUACGUGCCAAAGGAUCCGUACUGACUAAUCUGCGUAUGCAGCGCCUUGAAUUGAUAGGUGGAGGGGAUAGAACGGCCACGGGAGAUAUGGGGCCUCUUGGUGCGAUCGAAUCCCGGCUCAAAGCUCUACUCACACGUGUGGAGGAGGCAUUGACUACUCGACGGGAGCUUAUCAGUCAAGCGAUUGAAGCAACUCGACUCACAGACAAUCUGCACGAGGAUUUGCAUAAUGUCGUUCGACGUUCCACCGGGUUGGACAUGGUUGAAUGUUCUCCACGAACAACAACCGGGCGGAGUAAUCUGAAGUCUCAAAUCGGUUAUUCGCAAAAGCCGUUCAAACCGCCAGUCGAGCGUCUCAAAUCGUCCAAACGUCCAGUGUUUUGGACAAGCAGUACUCACCUUGCGGAACAUCUACACGAUACUAAUCUGUCCCGAACCCGCUCACCGUUCACUAGCCACGUGACUAUCCCAACGUGUUUAUCACCACCCACGGUCAGUACACGACCGCGUCUGAAUCAGUUGUCCGCCGCCCAAUCAGUGCCAAAUUUGCAUGCAUCCGAAACUCGUGCACUGGAAUCCUAUUUUCCCGAUACCUUAGACUGGCUUUGGUUCUCACCCAACACUCUUCUAGCUGAAGCUGGUGGAGUAGGAACGAACGCAGAACCCAGUCCGGAUCUGCCUGUUAUACGUGCAGACCUCGAGGGCGAAGAACCUGAACCCACAGUGGAACAGCAACUUCGUUCCCAGACUCCAUCUAUCCGACCGGCGAGAGAUGAGCCCGGCGCCUUAGAUAAGUCGCGAUCUUCUUCACGAAACUCACUGGUGUUUGGACGACCUUGGCGGAUGCAUCGAACGACCAAGCGCGGUACAGCUUUUGGGGAUUCAAACCUGUCUGCUUCGGCAUUGGUGCUGCCCACACGAAGUGAAGUCCCAACAACAACGACGACGACAGCAGCAACAAUGCUAGAUCAAGUAAAUACUCACCAAAGCUUCGAGCGAUUACCUACUCAACGACUGCGUUCCGAUAGUCCAUACCCAACUCAAACUAUGUUAAGCCAUGGUUUGUCGAUUGGUGGAUCGUCUCAAGCUGAGAUUCCAUUAGCUAUGGCCUUUCCGGAUACUCCUGCGUUUCCUUUGUUAUUACGUCGCAGCAUUUCUCCCGUGUUGUCCCGAGCGCAUCGUCCGACUGUUCGUUAUGUAGAUAGUUACUCUGGUACAGAUUUGAGUCAGACAGUUGCUACCAGUUCGCGUCGCCAGAGUGGGUUUGGGUUCAGUGCGUAUGGUGCAUCCCAACCACUGGAUUCAAUUGCUGGUCCAUUGGGACCUAUGCUAUUAUCGUCAUCCACCACAGUGUUACCAACACGUUCCUUGAUGCGUCACACACAAGCAGCCUCGCGCUCGGGCACCCCACGCUUUGAUCUGUCUUCUGAUGGUUGGACUUCUGGUCUGGGUUCUCGAGCAAGUCAAAUGCGCCUAUCAGGGGUUCGUGGUACUGAACGGAUUGCAUCACCAGCCCUGUCUGAAUUAGAAACAAUUUUCCACACCGGACGUCCCCAACCGGCGGGUGCAUCAAUUUCGGACUCCAUUGUUACACAAGUAGGUAAACCACUUGGACCUCAGCACCCGUUGACCUCGCGUGCUUAUCGGUAUCGUUUGGGCACAAGUACACCGCUUAUUCCCACAGUUAUGGAAACAAUCAGUUCUGAUAGUCCCGGCCGGUCAGAAAUACGUGCAUUUGAUGCCUUGACCUCGCGUGCUGAAUCACCAGCCGCUGAAUAUUCCACCUCGAUCACAGAUAGUACGACCAGAACAAGCACAACCACGACCACGGCUACAUCGAGUACGGCUACCACAUAUCAUCUUCCCCGACCAAUACAAACCCCAGCACAGCUUGCGCUCGAACGCUAUCGAAGUCGGAAACGUAAUCCGAGUGGUACUCAACAUACCGGAGAUUGA